AUGAUGACUGGUCUGUCGGACGUCAUUGCGUACGCGACGCCGGAUAUCUCGAUCAUGCGAAAAGUAGAGCGUCUGGUGGGAAAGAUCGAGUUCUUCCACAGUAGUUGCGCCAUGCCAAGUCAGGGUAUGACGCUUUUGAGUGACGUCCUUAAGCAGAUCCAAGAGAAACUUGUUCCGAUUGCCGGCGUUAUUGUGAAUCGCCCUGAUCUCGUCGGAAUUCCAGGCCAUCAAGUUCCCAAUAACGAUCAAUACUUUUUACGCCCGGCUAAGAGGGAGAUUCAGUCUGUCUCUGUCACCGAUAAAGCCAGCGCUCGUGGGAUUCCUGGAUGGCUUCGUCAUCCUAGAAUGUUGAAGGAGGGCAUCUCUCAGAUGCCCGAAUACUCUGAGUGA